UGCCUCGUCGCUCAGUCUCGUCUGCAAUACUCUCGAUUCUCUCUCGUUGUUCGUAUUGUGUCAAUAUUACGAUAGAAGAAAAAUUUGUUACAUAUACAUCUCGGUGGAAACAUUCGUAUUUACAAGACCAGCGUAAAGCCUCGCAGCGUGAAAUCGCGAGGCGCAAGGAAAAAAAAAGAAACUUCUUUUAGGGAAUCCUAAAUUUCUCGCGUGGCGGAAAGCCUGUCCCGAUCUCGAGGCGAGAGUUGUGCCUCUGCCAGCGCCGACUGGCGGCGAGAAUCGACACCAGUUUUUCUGGCGAAUCGAUAUUCUGCUCAAAUAUUGACUUCGCGAUUGUGCGUGGUGUCACAGGCGAGUCGUGCAGUAGACGGCGAUGCUCUUUUAAAAAAGCGAGUUCCAAGCGAGUGUGACAAAGCCAAAGUGUUGCCGGCCGUAUAAUUGACAGUCGGAAUAUCCCGGAGGCAGGCGACAGGGGAAAAAUGCUGCUGGCGGUUAGCACGGUGCUCCUCGGGUUGACCCUCGGUCUCUCCCACGCGAACAUCUCGGCCCUCGACUCGACACCGAGCUCCUUCAACAAUCAUGGAGCUCCACGAUUGGAUUUGGACAGCCCGGAAAGCGGAUACCACGGCCUGGUAAAGGAAAAUGAAACCCUGGUCGAGGUCACGCCACAGAUCCGAGCCAUAGGUGCAAAAGUCUGCUCCUUCCGUAUCGCGAACAAACACCAUGGCGAGGCGCCCUUCGAGAUCGUUUUGAAAGAGAAAGGAAUGGCAGAGCUGAGGGCACUGCGAGUUCUAAACUGCGAGAAACGGCGUAACUACAAGUUUGAUAUCGAGGCUGUUGGCUGCAACGGAUCGCUAUCGGAAAACGCCACGGUGCAUAUUACCGUGGUGGACGUGAACGAGUAUGCACCACAGUUUCUGCAGCCGGCCUAUGUCAGCACCGUGGACGAAGGUCGCCUAUACGAAGAAGUUGUCCGCGUCGAAGCAUCCGACAGAGAUUGUACCCCAAAAUUCGGUGAUGUAUGCAAGUAUGAGAUUUUAACAGCCGACCAGCCUUUCAUCAUCGACAAUGAGGGUGCGAUACGCAAUACCGAACCGUUGGAUUACGAGCGAUCCCAUAACUAUAUCCUGAGCGUGGUAGCGUACGACUGUGGCAUGAAACAAUCUGCACCUGCUAUGGUCACCGUUAAAGUCAAUCGUGUAUGCGCGCCUGGCUGGAGAGGAAUUCCAGAGAGGGUUGACUACGCCGCCGGAGUAGGUUCUCAACCGUUGCUUCCAUCCGCCAGGCUGGACCUUUGCGAUGCACCCUGUAUAUUACGCAACGUUCGAGCCACCUUGACACUCGCUACGGACCAUAUAGGGAAAGGUUGCGACCGUGACACGUACGGUGUGCGCAGCCAACGUAAAUUAUGCGGCGCAUCGCGCGAUAGCGUAGACUUGUUGCCAACUCCUGGGCCUACCACUUCCUGGACUGCAUCCUUAUCUCGAGACGAGGGCAGGGAAGCGGACGAGAUCUUCGAGUUCGACGGCGUUGAUUCCGCCGCUAUUGUACCUAACGAUGUGCUCGAGCACACUCUGGCACAGAAAUUCACGAUCGGAGUUUGGGUGAAGCAUCGUCCUCGGCCAAGACAAGAUCCUCACGUUAAGGAACACAUCUUGUGCGCCGCUGACGAUCACAAGAUGAAUAGACAUCAUUACGCCCUGUUUAUCAGAAACUGCAGACUGAUUUUGCUACUUAGGCGCGAUUUCUCUGAGGGCGAUCCUAAUAUCUUCCGGCCUGCCGAGUGGCGUUGGAAACUUACCCAAGUGUGCGACGAUAAGUGGCAUCAUUAUGCCGUUCAGGUCGACUUCCCCCACGUGACUUUGUUCGUUGACGGAGAGGAAUGGCACACAGACGAGAAGAAUCCCGAGGUGAUCGACGAUUGGCCGCUUCAUCCUGCGAAGGGUGUUAACACGACCCUUGUUGUUGGCGCGUGCUGGCAGGGUUCCGACAACAAAACGAAACAUCACUUCCGCGGCUAUCUGGCUGGACUGUCCGUUUUAGUUGGACGAAACGAGAAACCGGACGUGUUGUCCUGCUUGCGCCGUUGCCAGGAAGGUAUCCACGUGCCGUCGAUGGACCUGCUUCAACCGGGAACUCAGUUGCUCACCAAUUGCGAUCUAACAGAGGUACGAAUUGACGGUGACAAUCGCACUAACGUCGAGACGCUUCUCCGUCGUAUCGGUUAUUCCAACUCGAGACGAUUCCCCACACCGGGCCGCCGUAAUUUCCGUUUAGAGACGACGAUUGUCUGCGAAGGUAGCGAGAACAAUCCGCUCCCUGUACCAACCGUUCAGUCGUACGUCACUGUUCUACCACCGCCUCGUCCGGGUAUAACUGUCAACGGGACCGGCUACGUGGCCAGGGAAUACGCAGAUUUUCGUCUAGGUGUGCGCGUAUUCCCGGACACUCGCGUCACUGCCGGAUCCGCUGCCAGAUUAGACGCAUGCGCGGUCAGUGUUUAUCCGAGCCUUAAUCCCGACCACGAGAGCUUAGGUUUGCCAGGCGAUGCUCUGCGUAGAUUCCGUUCGAUCACCGCGCGCGUAGAUCGCGAUGGUGUCGUUCUCUCAGGCGCCGACACACCGUACAACUAUCAACAAUUGAUACGUCUGAUCAUGUACACGAACCGGAAGCCAGCUUACUAUCUCGAUCGCGUAUUCAAGCUGACCUGCUCCGAGCUUAGCGGCCGAUUCGCGAGCAACGAGUACGUGCAGACCCUCGCCGUCAUUCAUCCGAAAGAAAAGACCACUGCUCUUCCUCAUUCCACACCCGACGAGCCGCCAAUCGCCAGAAUUCUCGAACCGGCACCCGGACACGCGCAAUUGUCACCUCAUCACGCAGAUUUGCCGGAGGAGUACGCGACAGCCGCGCUUCGCGAAGGUAACAGAAGCAUCGGAGGCGCGAGCGGCAGCCACGCAGUCACGAUUGUCGCAGCCGCUUGCAUUUGUUUCUUGCUGUUAAUGGCGGUGGUCGGGGCGGCAAGAGUGAGAGGAGCCGCGAAGAGACGACCAUCGGCCGGGGACGAGUUGGCUGCCGAAACCGAAAUGGCUUGGGACGAUUCUGCAUUGGCUAUUACCGUGAAUCCCAUGGAGAGGCUCACAGAGCACGAUCCUCAUCACCAGAGUCAGAGAGACGAAGACAUCGACGAUUCGGGAAGUUCGGACUCGGAAGAUGGAUCGUACAGAGAUGACGACUUGGACAGUUCCGAUUGCGAGAACGACUGCGAAUUGAGCAACGGCCGACAUCGCCGUCACAAUUCACCUCAUGAUUUGGAAUGGGAUCAUCGUGAUGUUUAAAUUACUAAUCCCUCUCUGCAUUCGCCAUCCCCUUUCUUCAUAUGGCGAUUAAGUGGAGUACUAACUCGUAUUGUUUCUCAUUAAUUCCCUUUUUCAAACGAUCAUUAUUAUUUCUUUUCUUAUGACGCUUCGUAAUGCACGUCUAUACUUGUUAUCCAAUAUAGCGAGCUUUGACAACUUUAUGAAACUAUUCUGAUAUUCACAGUGUUCACAAUAUUCACUCGAGACUUGUCCAUCUUUCGAAACAACACAUUGGUAUUUUUCGGUAACUGAUCCGAUACUCCUAUACAUAAAUACGCGAGCGUCGUAUUAUAUCCGUCCCCAUAGAUGAAGGCAUAUUGGUAUCGUGAAAUGUUAAUACAUCAAUUAGUUAGUACUCACCUUAAAAGCCAGCAAAAUUUGUAAGAGAGUGCGGGACGCUUUAUCGAAUAGUUGGACUCUUUCUAACUACAACACGUCACUGAUGUUUGUAGACGUGGAAAGAUACACGUGAAGGAUACUUAAGUUUACUGGGAAGUUCUCGGUAAAUAUUGGAAGCAAUUAAUUUAUAUUUGACACUCAUUACUUCUAAUGAUUAAUAUUAUUAUUAAUAUUAAUAUUAUUAUUAUUAUUAUUAUUAUUAUUAUUAUUACUAUCGCGACUAUUAUCAUUAUUACCAUUAUUAUUUUUAUUAUCCAAUAGUGAUAGGACGAGGGAACUUUUUUAUACUCUUAAUUAUCUUCUCCUUCUUUUAUUCUAUUUUUAUUCUAUUCCACUAUUACUUGUUAAAAAUGUUUACUAAUGCUAAACAUGAUAUAUUAUAAUGCUGCUAUUAUAUUCGAUUAUAAUUUUCCUUUGAUAUACAGGACAGCCCGAUGACGUAAUCUGACUGUUAUCUAAUUGAACGUAUUAACUCUUCCUUAUUUCCGACUUGAACUUUUUCAUACGACGUUUGAUCUCAUAAGUAUAUACAUAUAUACACAUCUAUAUAUUUUUUUCAUAACAAUCGAGUCUUUCAUAUUCGACUAAACUAAGUAUUUAAAAAUCGUGGAUGCCCAUUUUAUUAUUAGCAUGCUAUCAAUGAGAAUGAACAAUAAAAAAAAAAUUAUAUAUAUAUAUAUAAUACAUACAUAUAUAUAUUUCUAAUCGGUAGCACGUAAAAUCGGGCUGAGCCUAGGCCAUCGUAUGAUACUUGCCCAAUUUUCCACUUUAUUUUUAAGUGAAAAAAGAAAGAAAAAAGAUAAACCUCUAAUAUAAUUUGCACAAUGUUCCUUCCUAAUCAAUCUACAAAAGAAAAAGAAAAAAAAGAAAAAAAAAAAAAAAGAAAAAAACUCUUAGCUCUUAGUAAGGACAUUGCCGCGCAUCUUAUAAUAGUGCUUCACCAUUAAGUACGGUAUAAUAUCAUAUCCGUAUACAUGUGUGCGCAUGCAUAUAGAUUUGUAUGCAAGUUCAUCGCGUAUACAGACUGUAUGAAGUACACGUGUAUGUGCAUGAAGGGAGAAAAAGAGGCGAAAAAGGGACACAUGUGUACUUACAUAUACAUACAGCGUCCGAUCAUUAUUCUGUGGUGAGGAGCGCCGUUUCGCAUGGACGAGACAAUUUAUCCUUUGUGGGAGGAGGAGAAUAAUGCGCAGCGAUUCGACCAGCAAGAGGGUAUCGUUUGUUAUUUUUUAAAAGGAUUAUCGUGCAAUCGUACUCGUUUCAUAGGGAAACUAAUUUUUAUGUGCCUUUACGCGACUAGUAUGUUGAAUUCUACUCUAUAUUUUAAUAGCGAACACUCGAACUGAUUUCCUAUCAGUAUAUCUCUCGCAUGUUAGACGUACCGCUCGAGAACGUCUCUCGGAAGCAAACUGCUCUACUGUUGUUGUAUUUUAAAACAUUAACUGUUAUAACGGCAUAGGUGUUAAGGGACAGACGCAUAGAAAAAGUAUCGGCCGUUCGUUGAUAAUGCGAAUCUGUCGGGUUCACCACAGAGAAAGAGAAUCACGUACGAGUCGUGGGAUGUCGGAAUCGGACUGUCAAGCGGAAAAGCGUAUAUUCUGUUGUUUGCGAUGGUGAACAAACACGGUUCGUUUAUCAUUGAACAUACGCCACGUACGUGCAAUGAUCCGCAGGGUAUUAAUUAUCGACGAAUGAUCUCGUAAAUGACUGCGCAUUGAUACUCGCUACGAAGUAAUGAAAGGAUCUUGCGUAUGUAUUUGUGUAUUUAGAGUUAUACCGAUCGAUCGAAUAUUUAGUACUGAAAGUUUGUGUACGGAUAUCUAUAUUCAUAGAAACUAUAUGAACAAUUUAUUUUUCCAACGAGCAUAUCAUAUCAUUUUUAUAAGAGAUUUGUCAGAAGUUUAAAAACUUUUCGUAAAGAGCUCCUACAUAGCAAUCGUGACGUUACUUGCCAUAAUCGCGACUUGGUUUCUCUCAUUUUUUUCUGUUUUUAAUUUCAUUUUCCUUGAUUGCGCUUCACUUUUGUCACGUUCGGAUAAAGAUACGCGCGUCAUCUUUCUGCAUUUAUUUCGUUUCGAAAGCUUUGAUCGAGAAAGAACAAAAUGACGCGUCGAUUAAAAUAUUCAAAAUAUCGGGGACGUAAAAAAAUUAAAAAAAAAAAAAAAGAAAGAAAAAGUUGAGGAAAGAAGAACAGUAAUGGUUGAUGAAAACGAAGCGCAAAUAAAAAGUAAUACUGUUGCUAUUCGUUUUAAUUUCUUUUUUUUUUUUUUUUUUCGUUUUGUUUUAAGAGCGUACAUGCGACACACGUGUAUGCGCACUUCAAAUUUCCGCGCGAAUAGACCAACCAUCAUGCUCUCUCUAUUCUAAAUUUUAAGUCUCUCAUCUGAUUUACAAUUUCAGUUUGUAGUUCUUGGAAAAGCUUGUGUUAUUCACAAGGAUAUCAAUCUAAACGUAUUUCACACUUAUACACGACGUAAUAUUCGGGAAAAGAUAAUUCUAUCGGAAGGAGAAUGAAUUUCCUCUCUUUUUAUGGGAUUAUACAUUCUUUAUAUACACGAACACACACACGUCGAAGAUCAUGGGAUUUAUCGUGAACCAUAAGAAAAAAGAAAAAAAAAAGAAAAAAAGAUUCGAUUCCUUCUUCGAUCGCACAACACAACGCCCUACAGGCCCUUUUCUUGAAUCUUUUACACGGCGUAAGCAUAAAGGAAAAAAAAGAGAGAAAAAAAAGAAAUCAGACAACUGCACAAAAGAGUAAAAGUGCUGACUUUCGGAGCGAUCUGAGGAGCGCGAGAAUUCGAAUCGAGGUGCAUUUUGUACCGGUGGUCGUUUUCGACGAAGAGUGUCCGUCGACGAUUGGAGUACAGGAAGGGAGCAUUCUUUUGUUACCCGGUCUAACGAGCCAUUUAGAGCAAGAUGAUGCGUAUGUUUAUAUCAGAAAGACUCGUUUUUCUCGGCUGCCAGUGAAGGGAGAUCUGUGAGAAAGAGAGAGAGAGAGAGAGAGAGAGAGAGAGAGAGAACGACAUCAUUGCAACCUAACUAGGCGUAUAAAACGCCUGCUCUAAAGAUGUACUUAAUUAUAUUAAUUAUAUGGAGAAUGAGGGGGGAAAAAGUGAAAAGGAAAAGAAUGGAACUACGCAGAACAAAAACCAACUAGAUGAUACUAUUAUAUAAUAUAUAUUAUACAUAAAAAUAUAUCUAAGCUGUUUGCAAAUGAUGAUUUAAGAGAUGAGAAGAAAAAGAAAGAGAGAGAGAGAAAGAAAAACAGAGAAAAGAAGGUAUGAAUUUGUAAUGUACUAUUGUAUUUUGUAGGCAGCUAGUGUACGUAUACAUAUGCACAUGUAUCCGUGUAUGUAUGUUUACGUAUAUAAAUAUACAUACUCUUCGACAUUUACACGUACCGUUCGCCUAAAUAGUCUGCAGAAUAUUUUCAAUUCAACAUCGGUCCAAGCUGAAACAAUUCAGGAGUAUACCGUUCGCGAUCGUAUGAAUCAAGUAUGUCACUUUGAAGCCGCGAAUCUUUGUGUUCCUGAAUAGUGAAACGCUUGAUCCGAAUUUGUUAGAGCACUUGGGCGCACGGCAGAAUACACACGCUCUCGCCUCUAAUUCGUAUACAAACGUUAAGUACUGUAUACCCUCGAUGAAAGAAGGGGAGAAAAGAAGGCCACAGAAAUUAUGCGUGCGUUGAUACGUGUCCGUCACGUAAUUGAAAUACUUCAACGUUCAGUAAAAUGCAGAAAAGGAAAAAAAAGAAAGAAAGAAAGAAAGAAAUAAAAUAAUACCAAUCCUACGGAGACGUUGUAAUGAUUUAAAUAAUCAACUAUACCGACUAUAUAGCUAGGCCGUAAGCGAACACAUUACGGACCGACUAAAUUCCCUCCCGUCGCAGAUUGAUUGUGUGUUAACUAAUAAGAUUAAGUAACGAUAUAGUACCGUUAAGGAAUUUAAUUAUUAAUACUGAUACUAUCUGUACGCUAAGCACAGUUUCAAAGUCAUUAAGCGACGUGAAGUGGCGAGAAAGGAUUGCAACACGAGUUUUAAUUUAAACAUGUGACACACUGAGUUACUCGGCGCGUCUGCACACGACGCACAGAAACGUCAAAUUACCUUGUUAUCCUGCAACUGAAAAUCGUUCGACAAGAGAAAUAUUAGCAAUAGUACUGUACACGAGGAAACAUGCACACGUGCAUAUAUACAUACACACGUACAUACACACAAACACACACAUCAUAUACAUUCACACGUGGACAACACACAGGCAGAGACACACACGCGGCCGCAUAUACACGCUGCACAGGCUAGGAAAAUGAAAUACUAUCUAUAACGACAUAUUAUAAAUAAUAUUAAGACGUCAACUGUAUUUGUUUAAUAAAGAUGUACAUUCGAAAAA